AUGUUCCGUAGAACACUGGCGCUCUUCUCCGAGGCAGCACGCUCAUCCGCCUCCACACCUUCGUCCUCCGCCGACAUCCUCACCUCGCACCUCUCGAAAGCGCACCUACCACCAUCGCUCGCCCGCAGCGCCAAACCUCACAAGAACCUGUAUCAGCUGCUCUCUGCUCUACCCAACGACGGUGUCGGUACAAGAGUGAGACAACGUCGAUGGGCGGCAAAGGGACUGGAUGUGAAGCACGACUUGGAUCUCAAGGCACACUUGACAAAGUUGCACCAGACGAGUGCGGGGAAGUCGGCCAAAGAGGAGGGUCAUCUUUGCUAUUGGGAGAUCACCAAGACGCAGUACGCCAGCGACGAGCGGGAAAGUCGACCGACAACGAAAGCUGUCCAGCUUCUUUGCGCCGAACACUGCGCCUCCCGCAGCCGACAAGGUGGCGCCAAUCCGGUCUGGGCUAUACGAGGAUUCUCCAUCUUUGACACGCGCUCGGUCGAGAAGCGCAAAGGUGGAAAACGAGGCAGGGCCGGCAGCAGCGGCGGGGUUGGAGGAUGA